CAUUGCGGUCCACCAUCUUGAUUUCGCACGGUUGUCGACACAGUCGGGUAGUGUCCGUCGGCAGCUCGCGAUGUGGAACGGCGCUUUGGAAAACAGCGAUUGAAGGCGUGUAGAACUGCGGAUUGGGAUCGACGUCGCGCCAGUUCGCCGCUACAGAUAUGACGAACGUGGCUGUGCGCUAACAACACAGACAAUUCGUCGAACUCGUCCCCGCUGCUGGCCGUCACAUCGCGAGGACACGACGCGGACCGUAAAUUGCCGGAGCGCCGCCGAGCGGAAUCGUGCGAAGUCUGCGGCUCUCCUGACCGAGAAAUGCUCGCGCGCACAUGGUGACAUCGUCUUCCGGAUUACUGAAAUGAAAUGGAUAAAAUACAUAUGAAUGACAAUGGGCUGAAACGUUUGAAUAGGCGGCAUUUAUAUAUAUAAUUAUCAUACUUAUUGUCAACAAUAGACAUGGCAGCGAUAGAAGAAAAGAAGCGAGUAGGUGGCUCCAAGGUGUCAGCCAUAGCAAACAUCUUCCAAGCCAAGCCUCAAUUGGACAAUCUGAGCCACAGAACGAACAAUAUCUUGUCAGAUGGAUUUAAGGAGCCGGCUGUUCCGCUCAAGGAAUCUCCGACGCAAGUGACAGUAGUCAGAACUGAGAGCCAUGUGGCACGUUUCAACAAUGCCCGAGCUCUCUUUGAGAAGCUUGGCGAGGAAAACAAAACGAAUAGACCGACGGAUCGGGUCACGAAGCCAAACAACUUACACGGUCUCCGGUCGCGCUCCAGCUCUGCGAAUUCGGGUUCCGGAUGCACCUCGCCCGCAAGAUCACCCCGUCCUCGCUCACCUUCCCCUCCAGGCAACCGCGAGCACUUGAGCACAUGGAGCGCCAGCGUACCGGCGUUGAACGCGGAACGGCACUUCGAGAAUGGCCACUGCGCACCAGAGCGACGCUCGGGCGCGGGCGCGGGCAAGGUCGAGCGGACAUUAGGCAAGGAGAACGACCGACCGGAAAGACCAGAGAAACCGGAGCGCCGGCCGAAUUCGAAGGAGCUGAUCGAGAAACAACGGAAUUGGACCAGCCACUUCUCCAAGACCAGACCAAGCCGUUACAACUCCGAUCCGAAUCGGUCGCUGGUCCAGACGUCCCUGAACUCGCAGAACGUUCAGAAUCAGAUCCAGCAGUCGUCGUCUGUCGACAUGUACCAGAACUCGGCGAGCACGACGAGCAACGACACGGCUAGUCCAGCCACCAGGUCGGCGAGCUUCUGCUCGGUGCGAUCACCUCCACCGCCGCUUCCGCCUGUCAGGAACUCGUCCGCGGCUGGCAGGAGAGAACGACCGGCGAGUAUCGCCGCUGUCAGCCCGUCCGAGUUGCCGGAGAGCCCGGAGUACGCGACGGUGGAGAGGUUCGACGACAUCUCGCCGACGAUUCCGGAGUACGCCGUUGUGCAAAAGACAAGGAAACCUCAGGACAGCGCGAAGGAGACUCAAGACGGCGAUAAGGCUUCGGACACAUUGCCGGAGUACGCUGUCGUGCAGAAACCUUCGUCCAAGGCAGCUUUGAAGUCGGCAGAAAAUUCUAAGGAAGCUACCAAGCACACUGCGCAGAAUGCGAAGAGUGCAGCAACCGCGGAGGCGGCUCCAGCGAUCAAAAUUGUAACUCCAAGAUCAGUGGAGGGCGUCAAGGAUACUUCCAAAGCCACUGUGCAGACUGCAGAAGGGAUUCUGGGGAAAACUGUGGUUUCUAAGACAGUGGACAGUGCCAAGGAGGUCUCUAAGACUUCCACGCAGAAUUUCAAAGGAACGUCAGUCGUGGAAGAAUGCAAGAGUGCGGUUUCGAAGCCAGUGGAAAGCUCGAAAGAGACUACAAAAAGUUCUGCAGUUACGGAGGGAACGCCAGUGUUCAAAAGUGUGAUUUCCAGGCCGACAGACGUCUCGAGGGAGGUUACGGAGAGCUUGAAAGAGAUGACGAAGGGUCCAGUGACUGCAGAGACCGUGCCAAGCUCCAAAACUGUCUUUGCCAACGAAUGCCAACGAAGUGAUCCAUCUGAGCACACGAAGGCAUUACCAGUAGUGCACUACGAAGCAUCUAGUCCAACUCGAAGCGCCUCGACGGACAACGUGCUGAUUAGGAGGGAGAGCGACUGCUUGGAGACACCGGAGUACCUCAAUUAUCCCCCGAGCCCGAUUCAUUCGCCUGCGAAGACUUCCCAAUGGAGGAAUGAGUGGCUGGCGAAGAACGAGGAGAUCCUGAAGAGAACGGUGGAUCUGAGAGAACUGAAAACCUCAUCGAGGGAGGCUCUGGAAACGGAAGUGAUGCGCAGCGAAGUGAUCAGGGCGGAUCCGAGACCUGAUUGGGCCAGACCGAACGCGAAAAAGAAAGAGAUCACGGUGGACGACAAGAAAGUCGAGCUGAUACGUUCACCGGAAUCCGAAUUGGGUUUGCCCUCCGCAGGUACUGACAGUGCUUCGUCCAGUAUGAGCUCGCCCAGCUCACCCUCCAAGGACAGCAAGGAGGAGAAAGCGGAAAAGGAGAUGCCGGAGAAACAUCAGACAGGUCGCAACAGCUAUGAUUUGGAAUCCGAGGACCAAGAGAAGCCAGCCACGUACCAAAGCUGUGCAGACAUGGAGAGUCCACCUGAGAAAGAUCAGUUCAAUGAAACGGAUACGACCACAGUGAUUCGGCGUUCUCACGUGCGUCUUGAUCUCCAGGCUGCAGGUCUGGGCCCACGUCCACCCUCCGUCAUUAGUUCCGAUCAGGAAUAUCCACCUCUAGAGCACAAGGACAUCCCUGUUCCCUCUCCGUAUGCGAAGAAGCUGCAACAGAACGAGGAGGCUCUUUCGCAAAGCAACAUCGAGUGCAAAACGCAAUCGAAACUAAACGCAGAGGCGAAAAAUCAUAGUGCCGUUACUGAAACGACAAGGAUCAACUCUGCGGAAGCCGUGCCGGAGAAAGUAAAACCUAGUAACGACGGAAUGUGCCAGAAGCUAGUUUCGAACGCGAAGAAUGAUCAGAUCAAAAUCAGCGUCAAGGAGAAGAUUGCAAAGAACCGAGAAGAGGUGUCCGGCAAACGUUCCAGCUUCAUCGAGGCGGAGGGUAAGGACAGCAUCGACAAGGUGAUGAAUUGCAGCCAGGAGUUGAGCCAGGAGAACAGCUUGGUGAAAGAGAACAGAGACGAUGAGAAGUAUAUAACAGAGAUUGCCAAGUCCGAGGUCAGCAGCAGGAAGGACUGCAUCGCAGCGGUGAACAGCGUUCUGAGCAGGCGGAUCGAGAGCAUGGACCAGCCGCAGACGACGUGGGAGCAGGAGAAGCAGAAGGCCGAACUGGCGAAGCUCAGGCUGUCGGAGAAUUACGCUCAAAGCCCUUCGAUGGGACAGUCCAGCGUGGUCUCGCAGCGACCUUCCAGCAGACAGAAAUCCAACGAGUACCUCGCAUCGGAGAGCAGCCAGAUUGAAGACAGUGACUCCAGUGACACGAAGACCGUCACCAAUGUGGAAUGCGCGAUGACGGAAGUGCAGAACAACACCGUCGCUGCCGCAGAGACGCCCUCGAAAGCUGCUGCCGUUAAUCACAUCACCCCCGUGACGCCGGAUACCAUGACUCCAGAUGAGGCUGAGAACCUGUUGAGCUCUCGCAUCUUAGAGAAGAAGAUCAGACAAGGUUCGGCGUUGCUAUCGGACGAGGAAGCGCAGGAGAUAGCGAGGUUGCUGUCUCCCACCGGUGCGGAUGACGCAGGUGACGGGAUUUCUAAUGACAAGGAUAAGGAAGGACAGGACAGGGAUAGGGAUGACCAGGAUAACACAGCCGACUGGCUGUCCGAUGUCCUGUCUGCUCCUGAUUCCAGUCUUAUCAAUAGCGCCACUCAUGAUUAUAGUCUGUCUCAUAGAUCCCGCAGUGACCUGACGAUAGAUUCAUUAACGGAAAGCCAAAUAGGAUCAGUCACAGGGAGCGAGAGCGGACUGCUAGGCUCCGUCAGCAGCUUGAACGAUACACAUGAGACUAACGAUGACACCGAAACUGAGCAUCAAGAUGAAUACAUUCCGACACCAGGAAAAAUUGUACUUGUGGAAAACGGUGUGCACUAUUUCGAGGACGGCCACUUCUGGAUGGAAGUCGCGGGGAUUCCGGAAUCCGACGAUGACGAAGAAGAAUAUCCGUCCACCGUGCCCGUGAAGAAGACCUCCAAGGUGUCCUUCGACACCGGCCCGAUGCGAGUUUACUCCACACACUCGGUCAACGAGUAUGACCGCCGUAACGAGGACGUCGAUCCUGUGGCAGCCAGUGCGGAGUACGAAUUGGAAAAACGUGUGGAGAAGAUGGAGGUCUUUCCAGUAGAGUUGAUGAAGGGCCCGGAGGGACUAGGACUCAGCAUCAUCGGGAUGGGCGUGGGCGCGGACGCGGGCUUAGAGAAACUGGGCAUUUUCGUGAAGACCAUCACGGAGAAGGGCGCAGCUGCGCGCGAGGGACGGAUUCAAGUGAAUGAUCAGAUCGUCGAGGUUGACGGGAAGAGUCUAGUCGGCGUGACGCAAGCUUACGCCGCCAGUGUGCUGAGGAAUACCUCCGGUCUCGUGCGAUUUGUCAUUGGCAGGGAGAGGGAUCCCAAGAACUCGGAAGUGGCGAUGUUGAUUAGGCAGAGUCUCCAGGCGGAUAAAGAGAGAGAGCUGGCGAACGCUGCCAAUAGAAAACUUAACUUCUCUGACGCCUCUCCCGAUGGUCAACGAGGGAGCGAGGACAUCUCCAUUGGCAGUGGGAUGAGCGGAAUUCCCGGCUCACCAGCAAUGUCUUCCUGUUCGGAGGGUGAACCGCCUCACAGCCCGAUCGAGAACUAUCUGUCGCCUUCCAGUCGCAGCCGAUCUCCGAUACUCAGCUCGUCGCUGCCACCACACACUGCCACUACACAGAGCGAUGUCGACAGCCUGAGACUACUGUUGCAAGAGAGUCAGUAUAAACUCGCGUUAGCGGACGAGGAAGUCGAAAAACUCAAAGCGAAGCUGGUGGAGUUGGAAAACAGCGGAGCAGGCAGUGAAGAGUAUGCGGCCAAGCUACGAGAAUCAGGAUUACGUCUUCAUGAAUCGGAAAGAGCGUUGGGGGCUGCUCGGCAAGAUCUAUCGACAGCCAGAGAGAUGCUCUCGCAGGCGACAGCGCAGAACGCAACUCUGCAACAAAAGUACGCCAGAGCUAGGAGAGCCGCCAGGGAACUGCGAGCGGAUAUCGCAGCCAGAGACGAAUUCUACCAGCAACUGUUGCAGGAGAAAGACACAGAGUACAACGCGCUGGUGAAGAGUCUCAAGGACCGAGUGAUUACGCUGGAAGUGGAGUUGACGGAGACUCAGAGGCGAUUCGGUCUGCCGGUACGAUUGCCCUAUGACAAUGCCACUGCCAGAAUAGUGACGCCACAGCUCUCCCGCAGGCAAUUACCACCACCGCCUUCGUCUACCAGCUGCCAAUUGUCUGAUACAGAAACCUCCGAUCUCAGUAGUCCAGACGACGGUGACAAGACUGCAACUGUAGAGAGGAAGCUGCCUCUACCGAUACCAGUGAAAGAAGAGCUAGAUCGCGCUGUGCCAGCUCAUCGUCUGCUGGACAACUCUGCUGGCAAGAGCAAGGCGGAGCUCGCCAGCAGAGGCGGCCUGGCUAAUCGUCAGCUGCCCAAACAACGGUCCGGGGGUCUCAGCAACAGCAGUUCCGAUUACGGACUGGACGAAUCAGGCGACAAUACGGACGACGAUUCUUCCUCGAAACUCACGUCGCAGGACAACAGCAGCCGAUCGCCGAACGACUUGACGUCCAAGCAGUCCAACUUGAGUUCCUACUCCAGCAUUUCGUCCAUCAGUUCGCUGAAAGGCAAGCACAUGGAUCCUAUACAUCCUACCGCGAUCCGACAGCACAGUACCAUCAGCUCGCAAGUACGGGCGAUGACCGAGCAGAGCUGGCCCCAAUCGCAAAAGAUGGCUUUAACCGGACCUCCUGCAUCAUUGGCGGAACAGCUGAAACAAGUCCUAGCCGAGAGAGAAAAACGAUUUGGCGUCAACCGCGAGUUAUCGAGGGAGAGUUCCGGCGACUUCAACGAUCUCAACAAUCCUAACGAUCCGACUAUGGUCACGCAUCAUCUCGUGGAGGAGAUACGACAAGCUGUUAACGAGGCUAAUCAAAAAGUGAAAAAAGUGUCGAUUCCCCCGUCGAACUUAAUCGGAAGUGGAGGCGCGCCUUGGCACCAUCCAGGAAGCUCUCCUUCGAGUCUGUCCUCCGGUGGUUCCGUGAGUCCUCCUGCCAUUGAUCCUAGUCCUUCGAAAGCCGGUAGCAUUGCAGAUUCGAGCACAGUUUGGUUGCCUGCUCACCUAAGCGACUUUGGUUUAGGUGACAAGAAGUCCCACUUCUGGCAGAACGCGUCGGUCACAGAUUGGUCCAAAGAGCAAGUUUGCCAAUGGCUGACGGGGAUCGGUUUGGAACGCUACUCAUCCCAGUUUUUGGACAGCGGUAUCAACGGCAGCAAUUUGCUGCGUUUGGAAUCAAGGGAAUUGAAAGUCCUAGGUAUCUACGGCGAGGCUAAAGCACAUCUGAAACGCAAGUUGAAAGAGUUGAAGGCCCAGGCUGAUCGCGAGCGCAAGGAACGCAAAGAAAUUGAGCGGAUGCGACGAAAAGCGGAAAAAGCCGCGCGGAAAAAAUAGCAAGCGGGUGACUUAGACGCGUACUAUUAGUUAGACACCCAAUCGGAUGGUGUGAAUUUUGGACGCGAGAUGUGCAGGGUGUCUCACAAGAGGUAGUGAAAUUAAUAAUAAUAGGAACUAUAUCGGAACUUAUCUCUAUAAGUUAUACUUAUUGGGAAUGAUUGAGGAACGAAUUUCCUCCAAAAGAUGCUCGAAAAGCAAUUCGUUGGAGGAACUGAAAGACGUGAAACUUAAAGUGACGCCGUCCAUUUCGUACAGGGUGUCAUCUUUCGUGAAAGAAGGAAGCAUGUUCUUUAAGAGAGAAGCGUUACAUUCAUCAAGCAAUGAAAGAAUCGUGCUUUCUCUAAUUUACAUGUAACAUUUCUUGUUUUCUCUUAGUGUAUUAUUCCUUAAAAUAAUUAUAUCCAGUGAUAUCCAGUAUUUAGAUCAUAAUCGUAUUGUAUAUGAUUAAUAUUUCUAAUUAAAAAUUAAGAUUAUGGAUUAUUUGAGGUGACAUAAUUGAUUUAGUAGCAACUGAGGUGUGAUAAAAAAAUAUCAAUUAAUUUUGAUAAUUGAAAGUGCCUCUUUGUGGGACACCCGAAUAUCCUGACGUCUUCUUCGAGAUAUUCCACUUCCGUUCAAUAACAGUCUGUUUCCUUGAACGAGGUCGACAUAUUGAUCCUCCGCAUUUACUUGUUAUCGCCAUACUUAUUAUAUACUUUUUAUAUUAAGUAUUUUUUCCUUAGUUAUUAAUACUAUUUAAAACAAGCGAAUGUGCGUUCGUGUAUGCGCGUGUAUGCGGUACGUGCGAAUGUGUGUAAAAACUCGAGCAAUGUAGCUAAACAGCCGCGUUCUAGCUGCGCGUUUAGCCCUGAAUUAGUGGCAGCUCGAUUUUUAAUAAUAAAAGCCGUUCUUCUAUGAAAAAGAAAAUAUAAAAAAAAGGAAUUUGCGUGCCACGUUUAUCGUUAGAUGAGCCGUCUAGAGCGCGGAAAAUGUGUAAUAAAAACAUCAUGUCAGUUAAAAGUACACUCUUUUGUAAUUGUACGUACGUAUUAUAGCACAUAUACAUAUAUAGUCACAUAAGCAUUGUUCUCGUAUUUAUUUUACAAUCGCGUUUAACGGCGCCCCUUUUUUCACGAUUAAGACUUGAAUCUUACAAAUGAACGUUUGAAUAAUCGUCCUCUUCGAUUUUAUAUAAAUUUAAAUGCAUCGUCAACGAAUUAUUAAUUAAUCAUGAAUUAUUCGCUGUGAAGCUUCUCUGAUCAAUUAUAUUUUUAAAUGUCUCAUGAAUAUGGGAUUCUCUGAAUUGAAAUAUUUGUCAAACAUCAAAUCAUCGUUAAAUGAUGUCGCAAUGAUUCUGCGAAGUUCUAUUUCCUGUUGCAAAGAUUAUUGCAUUUUGUAAUAUUUUGCAUUGUAAUGAAUAAUUGGACAAAAUGAUGGACCACUAACGGACGGACUGCGUAGAGAAAGCUUGGGAGAUGGAUCUCGGGAACGCUCAAUAUCAAUAUCAAGCAGACUCUAUAUAUCCCACGCAAUCUAUAUCAAUAAUAAUUAUAAUAUUAUAUAUAACGUAUCGAAACAAUCUCUUUGUCAAUAUCAUUAUUAUUAUUCUUAUCUAAUGUAAUAGUACUAAUAAUUUUCAGAUAUUAGACACACUAAAUGUCGCACUAUAUAUUAUUUAAUCAGUGUUCUUUAUGAAUAUAAAUAUUUUGUUGCAAUUAAUCACUACGAUGCAACAACGUUCCUUCGAUGCAAGAAUAAAUGAAAAUGCAAUUGAUCAGAAACAGCUGCUGUAUAUUUUACGAACUUGCUAUAAUUACUUCGUAACUAAGAGACUUCGUAAUUUAUAUUUAUUCGCCCUCCUCCGCCCACCCCCCGCGCGCCACAAAAAAUUUGCUCAAAGCAAUUUUUUUCGCAUCAAGUCAGACGUCGACAGAUUUGCAUUCUGCGUCCGAUCAUUUUUUUUCACAGCAUUGUCAAACGAUCGCGAAAAAGCAAUUCGAGGACGAGAAGUAUCCCUCGUCGUCGAGCUGAGUCGCGAGUCGCACCGCUGUAAAUUGUAGAACAACUCGGUGUUGUCGAACAUUCCACGAAAUUGGAUACAAAGCCAAGCGGCUCCUGUUGCGAAGGGGAGAUCCUGAGCGUGCGGAAGGCUGCGAGACGCACGCUCCGCGAGGACGAGCGUGUCGCUGUACGCGUACUUAUUUAUAGUAGCGUUGAACUUGUGAGCGCUCCACUUUGAACAUUUCUCUUGGACUUGGUCUCGCUGCGAGAGGUCGGAAAUGUUGAACGCUGGAGCGUAAUGUGUAAAUAUGCAUAUGUAUCGAGCGACGAUUAAUAACGACGAUUAUAACUGAUGAGAGAUGAUUAAUGCGUGCGUGCGUGCGUGCGUGCGUGCUUGAAUUGCGUGAUUCCGCAGUGAGGAAAGCGACUAUGCACAAUGUCAUAAUACUGUUCUACGAGGCAUAAUUUUCAAUGUUCAUGACAGUCCUUACAGAAGUCCUCCAUUACUUGGCGACUGCGAUGCGCACUUGUUGUUUUUGUUGUUAUAUUCACAACGAACUGCGGGAAUGAGAGAGGUGUCCGUGUUUCUUCUAAAGAUUGUAAUACGUACGGUCGCCGUUGGCGAGGAGAUGGUCGCCGAUGGAACGGUCGUCCUGCAUUUCGAUUGUCCAUAGUUGAAAAUUUUGCUUUUACUUCCUUCGAUACUUCCUUUAUUAUACUUGUCGAAGAUCUUAGGAUCUCGCUUUGAGGGUUUUCUAGUGUCCAGAAACCUCGUGGGAUGUUUGGAACUUGAAAUAGACAUUUCCAUUUUCGGGUCUUUGUGUAUCCCUGGAGUUCACAGUCCUUGUAUUCUGAGAUCUUUGGAUUGUUGGAUGCAAUUCGAUUUGAAGGUUUGAUUUGCUGGUUUUGUCUGUGUCCUCUGUAUCUUUGAAAUUUUUUGAAUUCUUCUUCUGUAUCCUCGGAUGUUUAACUGCGUGAAAUCGUAAGACUUAGAUCGCUAGAUCCAUAAAACUGAAUUGUGAAUUCCCGAAGCUUUAGAUCCUUAUGUGACUAUGGAUCCAAAUCCUUCAUCGUGAAAUUCUAUUCGUAAACUCUGGAAUUUGUAGAUUGUUAUCCAACACUUGGGCAUUUUAAUUGAUCCAUUAAUUGCUAUUCUUAAUCAAUUAGAUUUCUUGUUCCUUCGAAUAUUAGAUCCAGAUCUUUCUUGCUCUUCGAUCCUUCGAGAGAGAGAAUUUUCAAGUUCUGGAUCCUCGUUUUAUGUAUUUCCGUUCCUUGAAAGAAUGGACCCUUCGCAAAACCGACUGAUUUAUCAUAAGUUUUGUAGCCGAUUUUCAACGAAUCACUUAGCCAUGUAACUUCGAGGAGUGCCUCACACACGAUCCGAUUAAACGCAAAAGCUUUUCCAGUAUUUCGUCGUUUCUCUCAAUCGCGUUAUGCAAUCUUUUGAUUGUCCGAAGCAAAUAAUGUUUAAAUCUCAAUACUGCUAGCGAUGGACACAGUAUAAGAUGAUCAAUCAUGAGUGACAAAUAUAGUAUUCUUAGUUUUAGAUUGCAAAUAAUUUUACAUUACAAUCAGACUUCGAAAAUAUUUUACUGAUAUUUUUUGCAUAACACAAUUGUGUGUUUUUGCUGUUGCUUUUAUUGGAUCGUGUGUGAUCGAGUCAUGUACAUGUUUCUAUUGAUUUGAUAUUGUUGCGCAUGAUAGGGAAGAUGAUUAAAGUGACAAGAAGAUUCUAAUGAUGGUAAGGAUAAUAACGAUGACAGUGAAGGUACAUGCGAAACGGCAGCUUUUUAAUAUGUCUAAAAGUAUUGUCAACAAAUACUCUUGAACGUUUUAAUUAAAAGUAAUUCGUACGAU